AUUUAAAUAGUUAUCAGCAGCUGGUUGUGAGAUUGACUCUGCAGGUGUGCUCGGUUGCUAAGCACCGCACAGAGAACGGAGAGGAAAAGUUAAAAGUAUUUUUAGCAUCCGGUCUGACUUUUAACUGUUAACUGCUACUCUCUCAGUCUUUACGAAAUAAUAUCACACUUUUAGGUUAGUGUGUUAGCAAUAAUUCUUCUAACGUUGGGAUAGCGAUUGUUUUGAUCAUCGACCAUAAUUUGGACGUCAAUUUCACUUGGACAUGGGUCGAUACAAGUGCCGAGUAAAACCCAGUCGUGACAGUGGAUUACCUAACAAACGAGAUACACCCGUGAAAACAGCACUGAGCAGACGAGACAAUAGCAGGAGACUUCUGCCCACCAAGCGUUAUGAAGCAUUUCCAGAGGAACCUGAGGUGGAGGAGGUGAAACCAACUGUCAAACCAACCAACCCAGUGUUUACUGGCAUUAAGCCUGUCCACUGCAAAUCUGUGUUACGCUUGAGCAGCCCUUCAUUUACUGAAAACCCCAGAGGCAAAGCCGCCUUGCCGGCCGCACCAGCUAAUACAAAAAUGAAUGGCUACCAAGUGUCACCAGCAGGUCACCCAACCAUUCAUGUGACUCCUGAUGCAAAGGCUUUUAAAGGUGGUGAAAUGCGAGUUAAAGAAGAAAAGCAAAACUUGGCAGUGACUCCGGAAAACAUCACAUCUUCUAGCAUGGAGUCAAACCCAACUUUCAGCUCUGAUGGUGAUGAGGAAGACUAUUACUCCUCUGCCACGACGACCUCUAGUAGUCUUCCCUCCCCGGAGAUCUUCAGAAAAGAGAGCUAUGUGGAAACACUGACUUUCCCCAUUAAGGAGGAGCUGCUGGGUCUCCAUCUUCACAUUAAGAACUCCACGUUGCUGGAUGUGAGCCACGCUGAGAGCAUCCACAUGUAUCAUCCCCCCAACCUUUCUACCAUCAUCGAUACCUCGGCGAUUCUUGCUGAAAAGAACUGUGAGAUCAAUAAACACACAGAACCUGAAGCUGAGACCAAAAUACAUACGGACUCAUUUAAAUCAGACAAAUCCUUCAAGCGGAAACCCCCACCAAAAGUCACCAACAGAAGGCCCAUUUUGUGCAAGAAGAAGGUGUGGUUCAAAAGCCCCAUCAUUGCUGAGACCUUUGAAGCAAAACACAUCCCAGCCACCAAAUUAACUAUUCACAACAGCAGUGGGCCAGUCCAAACUUCCAGCCCGGCUGAGCAGAUGAAGCCUGACGCGGACAGAUCCCGAGCAGGUCUGAUCAAUUCUAAAGAGGAGGCAUUACGGCUGACGGUGACGCUGGAAAGGCCUGUAAAAAACAGCCCGGAGAAAGCCAAGUUCUUUGACUUUGUCAACAGCAGUGACAGGAAUGCGUUCUUUCAGAGGAUGAGGGAAAGGCGUGUCAAACUUAGAAGUGCUCCUUUAUUUCCUCUCACAGCUGUUAAACACACAGAACCAUCUGUCCUGUGACAACUGAAGCUAAACUAUUGUGUGUAAAGAUUUGGGUUUUCUCCCAUAAGCUAGAUCAAAGAGGUCUGUAUGUGAAAACUCCUGGAAAAGAGUAGUAGGUGUGUACUUCAAAACAACAAGUGUAUGAGACUGUCUAAAUCUCUAAUAUGGAAAAUUUAAAUGUGAUUGACUUUAAUCAGUAUUUGAAUCUGUUUUUUUUUUAAAGGAGAAUAAUUCAAAGGGAUACCACACCCUGCCAUGAAUGUAGGUGCCUGCACACCACAAACUGUACGAACAUAGUGUAAGUGACCUUUCAACUUCCAUUGCUUCUCAACCUGGCCCUUAUUUUUUAAUCACAUACCCUAUUGUACAAACCGUUUGUUUUUUUCAGAUGGCUGUUAGCUGUUACUGGCUGAGCCACAUAAUUGCUCCUUUUGAAUACAUCAGUUUCUAAAAAUGCACUUUUCACUGUACUAUUUCACACACUGUAAGCAGUCAAACCAGCCCGAUUUCCUUUUUUAUUUUUGCAUAAAUCAACCAGGUGCAAUAUGACCACUAGAUGUCAGACUGUAUUUUCUUAAAUAGCCAUCUUUUCUCUUCUGACAGUGAUUGUUUUUCAAUUUUAUAUGUGAAAUAUACACUUUUGUGUUUUUGUAUCUGUAUUUUUAUUUACUCUUUUUGCAUAUGUGUCAAUGCCAUACGAGCCGAGUCUAAAUGUUUAAUGUAAGCUAAAUGAAAAGCUGAAAUGUAAGUUUAUUUUACGUGUCACUUUGUGGUUUUCUAUAUUUGUGAUUCAUCGUCUUUUUGCAAAUCUACACAUUUCUGCGUCAGAAAAAGAUGUCCAAAAUAAAUUAAUGUGCAAAAAAUACAUAAAUAAAUAAUUCUUGUUAGAUUUC